AUGAUCAAGUACCUGCUCUUUAGCCCCUUGGGGCCCGAGAAGCUUCCAACCCUCAAGGAGCUCACCACCAGCGGGCGGGCCCGCUUCUUGGAGGCUGGCAGCGGUCAGGAACGGAGCUGGGCAGCCCCGGUGCUGCGGGUGUUUGCUCAGGGUGAGGCGGGCCUUCAGUUCACUCCACUGUCGCCUCCGUGGGCGGUGCACAUCGGAGUUGGGACAUUUGCAGUCGUCCCAGUACAGGCCACGGUGGGAGAGGACAAGGUUUUGCCUGUUGAGAGACCCGUGUUCCGGCCGUGCAGGUUUCUGAAGAAAUUUUACAAGCUCAGGUGUGCCAAGACCAAAAUUCCAGACGAGACGCUAUCCGUCCCGCUGGACUUUGAGCAGAUCGCCGCGGACAUCCACUUCCGCCAAGAAAUCGUCGAGCAGUGCAUCCACGAGACCCUGCUUUUCUUCGCUGGGGCCCUGCGAGACAACAAGGAGGUGGAAUUCUCCUUCAAGGGCAUUGGCAUCCUCGCUGUGCGAAGAAAAGCCGUCAGCAUGACCUUCUUCGAUGACUGCCUGCUGGAGCUGGACGCCACCGGGAACAUGCUGGCAGCUCUUCUGGAGGACUCCAAGAUGAGGGGUAUCGUGGCCUUCCCGGGCAAAAACGAUUUUACGCGGCUCAGCCGAGACGGGGUCAUCACGCUGCCAAGGCUUGCAGUUGAGACCCCACACCGAGCAUCAGCGCCUGCAGUUUCUCUGAAGCCCCAGAGAGAGCCGGCGCCUUGGGGCGGGGGUGCCCGCAGAGUGAGCGUGCUGGAUCCCGUGUUCCUGGCUUGCCGCAGGGUUUCUCUAGCCAGGCAGCUGGCGAAGGCUGGCGAGCAGGCUCAAGCCGCCAAAGCUGACCAAGCCAGGUGA